AGCCUCUCUCUAACAGGAGAUUCCUCUGGAGAAGACUAAGACUGGGGUUUGCCAAGGCUGCAACGUCGUCACCAGAUUCGGUUGGACCGAGAUUUGCUUCUCACAUCUGCAGCAUCAGUUUAUAUUUCCAGCUAGAAGCACCGUGUAGCAAUCAUGUCUGUGGCGGGACUGAAAAAGCAAUUUCACAAAGCUACUCAGAGAGUGAGUGAGAAGGUUGGAGGAGCUGAAGGAACGAAGCUCGAUGAGGACUUCACUGAAAUGGAAAAGAAGGUGGACGUCACUGCUCGAGCAGUGUUGGACAUCAUGACGAAGACCACAGAGUAUCUGCAGCCAAACCCAGCCACCAGAGCCAAGAUGAGCAUGAUGAACUCCAUGUCACGUAUGCGGGGCCAGGAAAAGGGACCAGGCUACACGCAGACAGAGGCUAUUCUGGGGGAGUCUAUGCAGAGGUUCGGCAGGGAGCUCGGAGAGGAGUCUAACUUUGGUCUUGCUCUGAUUGAUGCUGGAGAAGCCAUGCGUGAGCUGGGUGAGGUCAAGGAUGCUCUUGACAUGGAAGUGAAGCAGAACUUCAUUGAUCCGAUGCAGAACCUCCAUGAAAAAGAUCUUAAGGAGAUUCAGCAUCACCUGAAGAAAAUGGAGGGUCGCCGUCUGGACUUUGAUUAUAAGAAGAAGCGUCAGGGCAAAGUGACAGAAGAUGAGAUCAAACAAGCACUUGAGAAGUUUGAUGACUCCAAAGAGAUUGCUGAGCAAAGCAUGUUCAACCUGUUGGAGAGUGAUAUUGAGCAGGUGAGUCAGCUGGCUGCAUUGGUCCAUGCUCAGGUGGAGUAUCACACCCGGGCUGCUGAGAUCCUCACACAGCUUUCCAGUAAGAUCGAUGAACGGAUAAGGGACACCUCUAACAAACCGAGAAAAGAAUAUGUCCCAAAACCACGAACAUCCCUGGACUUCUCUAUCAGUGAGAACCACAAUGGAGGCAUCCAUGGUGCUCGCUCUCCAGGUGCGAGGUCUCCAGCAAGGUCUCCAGCAAGAUCUCCAGCCAGGUCUCCAGCCCCCUUGGAUCAACCCUGCUGCCGCGCACUGUAUGAUUUUGACCCCGAGAAUGAAGGUGAGCUAGGCUUCAAAGAAGGCGAUAUCAUCACCCUUACCAAUAAGAUCGAUGACAACUGGUACGAGGGGAUGCUGCACGGCAACUCAGGCUUUUUCCCCAUCAACUACGUGGAUAUUCUGGUGCCGUUGCCCCACUAAGAAGACAAGACCACCAGCUGUGUCUGCAACUAAUCCUGGCCCUCCAGUUCCAGUAUUCCCAAUAACCUUUUCCUAAACAUCCCUACUAACCACCUUCACUCCUCUUCAAAGGAGUCAAAACAACAACACACACACAAAAAAAGAUGUGAACAAGACUGAUGAUGAUUUAGAGUGAUUAUGCACCAAAUGAUGAUGAAACUUUAUGAAAAUGAGUCAAAUUCUGCAUCAGUAUAAUUGCUUCCCCUCAUCCCUAGGAGGUACCUUCAGGCUCCCGUAGUCAUGUUAUCCAUUCCUGUCCUGCUUUUGUCUUGGUUUAAGUUGGCUGUCAGUCCGCCAUGAGUUUAUCAGAGCAGCAAAUUCACACUUUCUCUCAUUCUUUGUAUUUUUUGGAAAUGUCUGCAGUAGGUAGCUUUUCUCUCACAAACUAAAGAUAAAACACAAUAGUCCAAGUGUUUGCUAGAAACAGUGGAUCACACAUGUAUUCAGGCACUCGAAAUAUUUUUCUUAUAAAAAUAAAACUAAAAAAAGUUGAACUAAGUAUUUUGUUUUAAAUAUUCCUCUUUUUAGCAAAAGUCAUUUCUUGACAUGUUUGAGCAAUUUCCUAUGAAACCACAUGCCCUGUCCUGUCCUUAAGAUCAGUCCAGAUCACUGCUGAUGGACAGUGACAACCAGUAUUAACACUAGCAUGAUUUUUUUGUUUUUUUUUCCACACAUCAACACUUGUAAGAUAUUGAAUAUAAGAUUUGCAAACCAAAGUCACAUCUGUGUCAAAAAAUCUCCUUGAUGAUGGAUGAAGCUUGCUUUCUUUGGCACUUUGGUAGAGGGGCAUGAAACUGUAAUCUACUAUGUGACAUUACAUAUCUGAGCCAAUAAAGUGAUGACAUGAUGUGCAAAACUACAAGUUGUGAGGUUUAAACUGUUAAAAGUGAUGUAAAACAAUUAUGGUGCAUAAGUUUUAGUCCUCUGAUAUAUACUUUAUAAGAAAAUAAGAUAUGGGUGAUGUAUUUUCACACAGUAAGUUAAAGGACUGCUCAGAGGGGCAGCCGGUUCUUCUGCAGCUGCAGAUGUAGCUCUGUGUGCUGCAUCUCUACUGGACCUGUUUAUAUUCUGUAGUUUAGCUCUAGUGGAUACUUGAUGUGAAUAUUUUCAGGAGGACAAAGAAGUGCACAAAUGGCAGAGUGUAUUGAGAACUAAGUCAUUUUUGUCUUGGAUAAUUUUUCUAUCAUUUGAAUCGAUGCAACUUACACUAUAAUCCUUUUUCUUUAAGAUAAUAGACAAACAGCUCAUUUCCCCUUUUUAUGUCAUGUGAGUACUCAAAAUAAACUGUCGUGUGGGAAUGUUUUUCAAUCUUAUCGAACAUCUAAACUUAAAUCUACCCUGACAGUUUGGUGGUGCAGUGCACACAUAAUCCCUGAGGUUUAUUUCUCUGCAGUCAUCAGUGCUAUUAACUGUGCAGCAGAGGCAAUACUGUUUGUUUUCACAUGUUGUAAAAUUGUGCAUGUAUUUUGGAGGAAGGGAUGCAUAUUUGGGUUUGCAUUCUUGUCAUGCUAUGCACGGAAACGGGGUUACAGAAGACCUCUGCAGCUGAGGUAUUUGAGAUGUACCGUCUCUGACAGCGUUCAGUAUUAAGGAAAACAUUAAAGGACCAGUACAUUACAGCAUACAGCAGAGCUACAAUAAGAGAUGCAAAAUCCACUGAUUAUACAUUAAGUGUUACAUUUUUUUACCUUUUUUUUAAAAGGGGAGCACAAUUUUAAUUGAUGAACCACUUUGCUGGCUGGAGAAUAGUGAUACAGUUUGACAAGGUCAUUUAUUUUUUUAUUUUUUAAGGCAAAAUUAAUCAUUCCUUCUUUCUCUUUCACCUUUUUUUUUAAAUUGUGUGUAUCUUUGCCCUCAAUGAGGACUGUACAGCUUUUUGUGUUUUGUUUUCACCUUGUGUGUAUAGUCGCGCAUCUACAGUAACGUAUAUUAUUUUUGUAACUGUGACAAAAAGUAUUCACAUACAGUAUAGGUGUAUAUAUACAGUAUCUUACCCAGAAGUGGUGUUACAGGAGGGAUUCUCUGUGCUGCACAUGAUUGUCUUUGGAAUGUUUUUGUGUUUUUGUUUCGUUUCUGUUGUAUUUUAUUCUCGCACUGGAUUCUACAACUGUACGCUUGAUGUAAAGGGAAAAACAAUGUGAUAAGUCAAUGUAAUUUAUUCAAAUAAAUACUAAGAAACUGUUA